GGAAAAUGUAUUUUGCGUAGUUGCAAAAACGGCAGAAGUAGGAGAGUUUGGGAGUUGACAAAACCCAAGUCUAGAUCGGGUGCCAAAAAGGGGGAAGAACAGAUGAAGAUCAUUUGUUGGGUGUGCUUAGUGUUUGUGAUUACUAAAGUUGGUGCUUUGUCUGAAGAACCCCAGCUUAGUUCUGCUCGUGUUGUUUUCCAGACAAAUUAUGGAGACAUUGAAUUUGGAUUCUUUCCAAGUGUUGCACCCAAAACUGUUGAUCACAUUUUUAAGCUUGUUCGUCUUGGUUGCUAUAACACCAAUCACUUCUUCAGGGUGGAUAGGGGCUUUGUUGCCCAAGUGGCAGAUGUUGCAGGUGGAAGAUCAGCUCCCAUGAAUGAGGAGCAAAGAAGGGAGGCUGAAAAGACUAUUGUUGGUGAAUUUAGUAAUGUAAAGCAUGUGAGAGGUAUUCUUUCUAUGGGGAGGUAUUCUGAUCCAGACAGUGCACAAUCCUCAUUUUCAAUGCUUCUUGGAGAUGCCCCUCAUCUUGAUCGGCAGUAUACAAUUUUUGGUAAAGUCACUAAAGGUGAUGAGACUUUGAGAAAGCUUGAGGAACUUCCUACUCGUCGUGAGGGAAUCUUUGUAAUGCCUAAAGAGCGCAUCACGAUUCUGUCAUCCUACUAUUAUGAUACUGAGAUGGAGAGCUGCGAAAAAGAGAGGGGUAUCUUGAAGCGAAGGCUUGCUGCAUCUGCUGUUGAAAUUGAAAGACAGCGAAUGAAAUGCUUCCCUUGAAUUUCUAAGCAACAGCUGGAUCAGCAAGGCCGAAGGCUAUGAUUCACAUAGGUUGCAAAGACGUUCUUGGUGUUGUACAAAGUCAGAGACAGCAUUGCAGAUGUCGAAUUCUGGUAGAAAAACAGUGACCAACAUGCGUUCUAUACUCUGUACCUAGCCGUUCCAAACAAAGGAUGGUAAAAGAAAGAAAGAAAGUGUCUCUUGACCUUAAUCUGUUUUUAGUUUCUUCUUGUGCCGAGGAUUGGCUUUUGUGAUAAUGAUGGUUGUUGACCUAGUGAAGUUCUGUCACUUUCUGGUCCUAAUAAUAACCCUAUGAAACUAAGGGAGUGGUGUUCAUUGUAUUAGCCCGGAUGAAUGAAACCAACUGAUUGGUAUCUGGGGAAAUUUCAAAAUUUGUAAAUCAGGUUCAUAUCUCUUCCUUGAAUAAAACGGUUCUGAGAGUGAGUAAUUUCCACUGGCAAA